GCAGCUAUCAGUGCGCCAUGAGUAGCCACGUUCUGGGACACCACAACGUCGUGGUGGACAGCUGCUGGACGCUGCUUCCGCUGUUUACCCUGUCGGCUAUGCUCGCUGCGAUGGUCAACAAGAACAGUGCCUUGUUCUACGUGGCGUUUAUGGACGAGUUCGGUGUAAGUCACCAGGCUGCCAGUUGGCCGAUAACCAUGCACGGAGUGGUGACGCAUCUGACUGGUCUGCUCGUCAGCCUACUCCAGAAGAAGCUGUCAACCUACCAAAUUACUGUCUCAGGGUGUCUACUGAACUUCACAGCUCUGGUGGCGUCAGCGUUCGCACCCACGAUUGUUUGGAUGACAAUUACGUUGGGUGUUAUUGCCGGGGUCGGGUAUGGAAUGAUCGUGCUCUCAUUGUCCAUCUACGCUAUGGUGUAUUUCGACAAGUACAGGGGUACUGCAAGCGGAUUCAAGUACACCGGAAUGACGUUGGCGCCACUCGCUUUCCCUCUCGCCCUUUCGGCACUCAUACGAUUGUACAACUUGAGUGGUACACUGCUCCUGUUGUCAGCUAUCACACUGCAUACUCUGCCUCUUGCCAUGCUCAUGAACAAUCCGCGACCUGUUACCUGCUGGUGCACAAAAAAACAAAGGCGUGAGGCCUUGGCACACACUUUGCACAAAGGCUACGGCACGAAAGGGGAAUGCGUUGUAGUGGCAUGUAAGAAGCAAAAAGCCUCACUCGUCAUCUACAGACAAAUGUCUCCAAAAGAAGCUUGGCAGGAAGGUGGCGGCACAUUUCGUCAUGCCCAGAAUGGUACGACGGGAAAUCAAGGAAGUGUUCACAAGCGAACGAACCAUGCUCCCGUCGUUUCAUCUGAUACGGCGCGUGUUUCUAGAAAAAGCUUUGAAGAGCAUAACGAUGGCCUCAUCCCGAAGGCACCAGUCGCUAUCGUAUUCGGGGCAAGCGAGGACAGGCGAAAAGAUACAGCUUUGUCGUCUUGCGAUGAAAACCAGGGCAAUGACUUGAACGGUUUGCUUGAACUGGGAAAAAAUCCUCCUGCGAUAGAAACAAAAGAGUCCAACGUUAACAAAGGUGCGUCUUCAAAGAGUGAAUCCACCAAUACCCGGGAUCUUUUAAGAAAUCCACUUUUGUACCUCCUCGUGGCGGCCUUCACAGCUAAUGAGUACACUACAGACACUUUUGAAAUGACCGUGCUAGACUACGCCAUAGACAAAGGUACUGAGAGGAGUCAGGCUGAACCUAUCAUCACGUACGUAGCCGCAGCUCAACUGGUAGGACGGCUAUCGGUUCCCUUUCUCUGGGAAAGUGCGAGACUUCGUCGAAGCCUCCUCGUUGCGCUAAGCUUAACAGUCGCAGCAAUAUCCCUGGUUGUUAUGCCACACGUCCACAGCUUCACGCUCGUCUUGGUGACGUCUUUGACCAUGGGCUGCUCGUCUGGGUGCGUCGUGGUGUUGAAGCCUGUGUUGUUGAGUGACCACCUUGGCGUCCAGAUGUUGCCUUUCUGCUGGGGCCUCGCAGGCGUUGCCAUGGUACCGUUCUCUUUAGGAGGGUCACUACUUAUAGGUCUGUUUCGGGAUACCAUGGGAUCAUACGAUAAUCUGUACAGAACCCUGUCAGCUUUCUGCUUCGUCUUCGCCAUCAUGCUGUUCAUCUUAGCCUUCUUCGAGAGGCGUGCACAAAAGCGCCUUGACAACGUCAAAAAAUUGAAUGAAACCCAUAUUGGGCAAAAAUAA